AGUCCUUCGUCACCAGCUCACUCCGGCGCAACUCACCACUCCCACUACAACCUCCAUUAUCAAUACUACUACCACCAUCAUCCUCACUUCACCCACAACAUCACCACCUCCAGUCUUCCCACAACAUCACCACCUCCAGUCUUCCCACAACAUCACCACCUCCAGUCUUCCCACAACAUCACCACCAUCAUCACAGAAACACCGUCAACACAAUUUUUCUUCUCUACCACAUUUCAUGAGAUCUUAGAAAAAUUCGUGUUCUCAAGUUCAAAUGUGCCCAGUUAGGGAAACGAAGGCGAGUCUCAAAUACCGGUAACAACAACUAACUGUAACUCAAGCAGAAGCAUUUAGGGUUGGAGGAGCCGUCGGGGACUAGAUGGUGACAGUGACAGGUCCAUCUGGAGCAACACCAACACCCGGAAGGAUGCCAGGCGCUGAGGCUUACGUGAAUACCUUGAGUGUGGAGGUGCAGAAGCUGGCGAGGGAGGAAUUGGGAGAACAUCCUACGAGACGUGAGGAAGAUGUGGAAGCUGUGAGGAACUGGCUAACGAGGCAACCUUAUCUGAACGCUAGGACAGACAGGACGACAAUCCUUCGCUACCUCCGAGGAUGUAAAUUCUCUCUGGAGAAGACCAAAGCCAAAAUCGAAAUGUACUACACGUGUAAGGGAGCCCUGCCCGAUAUGUUCCAGGGGCGCGACCCUCAAAAUCCUACAGUCCGGGCUAUCCUAAAGAUGGGACUCAUGUUCCCGCUGCCUGGCUACGACCCACAAGGGCGUAAGGUAAUCUUCGGCAGGAUGGGAGCUUGGGAUCCCAACAAGGUGAAGCCAGAGGACAUGUUUAAGGUCGCGGGGAUGCUGUUUGACGUGUUGUUCCUGGAGGACGAGCAGACCACCGUCACGGGCAUCGUCCAGGCUAACGACAUGGCCGGUCUAACCUUCAAGCACAUCUCCGCCCUUCCUCUCCCGCUGAUCAGGAAGGUCAUGUUGACUUGGCAGGAAGGUUACCCACUGCGGCCUAAGAGCGUCCACUACAUUAACACACCUCAGGCCUUCGACACGCUCUUCAUCAUCUUUAAGCCAUUCAUGAAAGAGAAGAUGAAGAAGAGGAUUCACGUGCACGGGAGCAACUUGUCCGGAAUGCACAGUCACGUACCCCAGACUAUGUUGCCCACGGAGUACGGCGGCUCGGGAGGCUCUGUCGCCGAGAACGCAGAUUACUGGCUACAGAAGAUUGACAGCUACCGGGACUGGUUCCUGGAGGACGAGAACUACCGGGCGGACGAAAGCAGACGUCCCGGUAAACCAAAGACCACAUCCAACAUCUUCGGGGGACCAGAUGGCUCCUUCAGGAAACUGGACAUCGACUAGUGUCCAAUUAUAUUAGAAAUCUCAAAAUGUGUCAGCCGGGCAUCAGUCCGACACCAUUCUCUGUGGACGCUGCUUCAGGGAGACUUAAAGAGUUUUUAGAUCCUGGGUUCGUGAGAGCUGACAUUUUUAUUAUAAUCCUGUAGACAGAUUUAAGGAAAGCUGGGUUCUACCUUGUUUUCUCUUCCCUCAAAUUAUGGAUAUCAUCGUUCGUCGUCCAGACUACCUGUAAUUAUCUAAUAACCUAACCACUUGGCUCUCUCUUAAUGACGGCCUUAAUGAAGACUAUAAACAGGCCUUCCUGGGUCAAGUCCAGUGUGCCGUUUUAGAGCACGACCCAACCUAUAUGAUUAUGGUCUCUUAAGAAGCGUCUCCUCAGUGUUCGGGAUAAUAUCUGCUUUUGUGUAGGAGUCUCAUGAUCUAGACGUCUGUGUUUGUCUGACGAGAAAACCAACACACCAGUUUCGUGGUCGAGACAGUGAGCGUUUACACACAUAGUACAAGGUCUCCAACUUGCAUUUAUAGCAACCCCACCAAACUACACAGAUUAGCUCUGUUAUCAUCUCUUAAGUUCUAGAGAAAGAUCUCAGUUAAAAACAUCUCCCAAAAGUUGUAAAGAUGUUUCCCAACUUACCGCAACCUUGUGUAACGAGACGAGACACGAGACUCAGUGGUGACCAUCUCGAGCGUCAAACGAGACAUGAAAAUAUCGUAAUUUUUGUGUGUGGACGAGUCUGAGGAAGACGACCGUGUACUGAGAGGACACAAGGGUGAUCAUGGGUAAGAGGAGAGUAUAUCAGCAACAUACUUCACCGUGGGAUCUACUUACUGUCAUGAAGCUUUAAAUUGGAGGAGAGAGAGAGAGAGAGAGAGAGAGAGAGAGAGAGAGAGAGAGCACUUCUUUACAGCUUGGUGAAGAGUGCAGCCUUCAGGGUCUGUACACACGAAGCAGUUGUGCAAUCAAACUACACAAUGCUAGUACAUAUUGUGUUAGAACAGGAAGAUCGACAACACAUCUCGCUAUUUAAUAUAUAUGUAUAUAUAUAUAUAUAUAUAUAUAUAUAUAUAUAUAUAUAUAUAUAUAUAUAUAUAUAUAUAUAUAUAUAUAUAUAUAUAUAUAUAUAUAUGCAAAUAAAUCACUGUAGGUGCGCGUGAUCCAGGUAUAUGCUGAUAACCACAAGGAAAAAGAAAACACGAAAUUCCCAAGCGCUUUCGUGUAAUUCACAUUGGCUCGAAUGAAACUGAAAAACAUAACUCGUUAUCAAAAUAUAUAUUUUUUCUCAAGUAAUUUUUAUUUAUGACAAAAACUAUAACCAUUUUCUCAUUCAAUAGUUUUAAGAGGAAAAUUAUGAGUUUGGACAAUAAAACUAUUUGGCUGAAGCCAUUAUUUAGCGAGGUGUGCAGAAGCGUCAACCUCACUCAGGCCUGGUGACGGAGAGCAGUGUGUUCCCUGAAAGUUUAAUAUUGAUGUAAAGUAAACAUUAUACGGCUGAGUCUUA